AGCCUUCCUCGUCUCGUCGCCCUAGCUGUGCGAGAGAAAAACAAACGCUUCUCUGUCGGAGAAAGAGGCUGACAAAAACCGAGAUAGGAGUUUGAAUCCAAGCCCGCAAGAAGAAAGAAGAAAGAAAGGGGAAGAAGAAAGAGAGGAAAUCAAAAGACAUGACGAAGACCUCAUACCAUGAGCUGAGAGGUGGCAAGCACUUCCGCCAACGCCUCCUCCUCUCCACCCUCUCUUCCACGCCUAUCCUCAUCCACGACAUCCGAUCCGAAGACACGUGGCCCGGCCUCCGUCCUCAUGAGAUCAAUCUCCUCCGUUUGAUCGAGACUAUCAGCGACGAUUGCCAAGUCAAGAUCUACGAAACUGGAACAAAACUGAAGUAUAAACCUGGAGUCUUGACGGGUGGGAAGUGUGAGCAUGACUGUGGUGUUAGCCGUUCGAUAGGUUAUUUCCUUGAACCAUUGAUUGUGCUCGGAUUGUUCGGGAAGAAGCCUCUCUCUAUAAGGCUUAAAGGGAUUUCAAACGAUUCAAAAGAUCCAUCUAUUGAUACUUUUCGAACAACUACGCUGCAUAUUCUCAAGCGCUUUGGAGUUCCUUCAGAAGGAUUGGAAUUGAAAAUUGAAAGUCGUGGAGCCCCUCCUCAUGGCGGUGGAGAAGUACUUCUGAAAGUUCCAAUGAUACAUAAUAGCUUAUCAGCAGUCACUUGGGAAGAUGUAGGAAUGGUUAAGUCCAUUAGAGGAGUAACAUUCUCUACCAGAGUGUCUCCUCAAUUUGAAAACUCCAUGAUACAUUCCGCCCGUGGAAUCUUCAACCUCUUAAUUCCCGAUGUUCACAUAUUUAGCGACCAUAAAUCUGGUGCACAAGCAGGAAACUCACCUGGCUAUGGCAUAUCUUUAGUUGCCGAGACUACCUCUGGCUGCUUGAUCUCCGCCGAUACCGCCGUCUGUUAUGCACGAGGAGCUGAUAAAGACAGUUUUGAAGAUUCUGAAAAGAAGCCGGAGCUGAUGUCUCCAGAUGACCUUGGUGUCCAAGCUGCUUCAAUGCUACUUGUAGAGGUUGAGCAAGGGGGAGUUGUGGAUUCAACGCAUCAGGGCUUGUUAUUCCUCCUUUGUGCUCUGUGCCCACAAGACGUUUCCAAGGUUCGUGUGGGAAAGCUCACACAAUAUGCUAUAGAAACACUUCGACACAUAAGAGAUUUCCUUGGUGUCAAGUUUGUUAUUACGCCAGAACCAGCAACAAAUACUGUCAUACUCAAAUGCGUGGGAUGUGGGUUGAAGAAUUUCUCUAGAAAGCAUUCAUGAAGAGACAAAAAGCUAUUGCGAACUGGAUUUCAUCCUUCUUGGGAUAUUAUGAAAAUAACCUUGUUGGCAGUUUAAUCAGGUAUGGUUAAGGAAUUAACCAUCAAAAUUUUGGAAAUGGUUGUAAUUUUUAUAAAAUUCUUAUCAAUGAGUAGGAUUAGUGGGUUUUUGAAGGAAUAGAUUUUCUGUUUUGGAAAUUUUUGUAAUUUUAUAAAUAUUCAGUAAUGAGUGAGGAUUAGAGGGGUGUUAAGAUUUGUGAAAUCUCGGCCUAUUUAUAAAAUUAAUGGAUCAUCUUAGUAGCAGAAGCUCAUAUGGAAAAUGAAAGUUGAUUUUUAAGGAAA